UACUCCAUUUAUUUACAGAUAAUAUUAUUAAUAAUUAAAAGCUAAAAGCUUUAUAUUUUUGUUUAUCAUUAUUGUUACUAAUAAAGGGGACGUUUUUUCAGUUUUUGCCAGUAAUGAAGAUAUUUUAUAGAUAUUUUACAGGUGCAUCACCUGCUCAGGUUCGAUGUGGCUCGCGCUCAGGUGAGGCGCGUUUCAUCUCCAUCCAGCCAGUCCACUGUGAUUGGAUCAGGACUGUGGCUGAGCUCCGCCCACUCUGUGUGUGUGUGUGUGUGUGUGUGUGUGUGUGUGUGUGUGAAGGGGGUGGGGGCGGUCCAGGUGGAGAUCCGACGGUGGAAAAGCGCGCGCGGUGUCUGCGGUGUCCGUGAGCAUCCCGGAGAGCGCGCGAGGAUGUCUGUGCUGCCGUUGUUGCUGUCAUUGGCAUUGACGUCACAGUCCACAUCCUCUAACACCACCUUCACCUGUCCCACACAGUGCAGGUGCCACCUGGAGCUCAAAUACACUUCCUGUGCCAGCGCCAAUCUCACCGAUCUGCCCUCCGUCAUCCCUCCUUACACGGAACACCUCAAUCUGUCGUUCAAUCGCUUGGUCUUCAUCAGGAACCAGGCUUUUCAGGACGUACGCUGUCUACACACGCUGCUCCUGAAUGAUAACAGGAUCAGCAACUUGACCGACGGCGCCUUCGAGCCUCUCGAGUUCCUCCUGAGACUGGACCUGAGCCGCAAUUGCAUUUCCGUCCUCUCUGAAGGAUUCUCGUUGGGAUUGGUUUCUCUACGGGAGCUCUAUUUGGUGGAGAACCAGCUCUCCAGGCUAAACGAGCACAGUUUCUCGCACCUCGACGCCAUACGGAAGCUUGACCUCCGCCACAACUCCAUCAGCUCCAUCCACGUGAGGGCCUUUAGCUCUCUCAGCACUUUACGGCGUGUGUACUUGGAUCACAAUAAUAUCAGCACUCUUGAAAAUAGGGUUUUCUCCAUGACGAGGAACCUGGAGGAGCUUGGGUUGAGCAGUAACAACAUUAGCAAACUUGAAGUCGGCAUCCUUUCUCCACUAACUAGCCUAACCUUGCUUAAUUUAGCCUAUAAUAAUCUGAAACAGGUGGACUUUAGGGCGUUCCUCAGCCUGAACACUCACAGCACGCAUAUUCACCUCCUUGGGAACCCGUGGACCUGUGAUUGCGAUUUGCAGCGAGUUUUCCGGAAAGUUCACAGUGUCUACAGGCUGCAGCUGGACGACUACAACAACCUGAGCUGCUAUAAGCCCGAGGAGCUGAGUGGUUACCUGCUGAGGGACGUCGACAACGGGUUGUGCUUCGCCGAAACGGUCACCGUACUCAUCAUCACCGUCACCGUGAUCAUCACUGUUGUGGCAGCCAUCAUCAUGGCUGAGAAAAAGAGGAAGAAAACUAAUCAAGGGAAGCACUGGACGGAGGUCAACGAGGUCUCGUGUGAUUCACAGAACUGAGAAGGAACACGCAGGACUGAGAUUUUUCACCUUUUACAUUAAUAUUACUGCAAAAUCUGGCUAUAAAUUUUAACCUGAAAAAAUGUACAUAAAUGCAGAACGGAUCCACAAAUACCUCUUUCUACUGCAUUCACUUUUUAAAUGUUUAAUUUCUUAAAAAUACUUUUAUUAAUUCCCAAAAGUGAAACCAAGUGUUGGCUUUUCACAGUUCCCAAACGUCUUCCAUGCACAUUUGAUUCAUUUGUGGGGUUUGAGUCAUUUGAUUCAUUUGUGGGAUUUGAGUCACUUGAGUCAUUUCUUUGGUAACUAGCGAAUAAUUGGUGAACCAGCAAGCUUGCUUACUCGCUAGAAGUGUAAAUUUACUAAGUGAGAUGAGCUGUCAUGUACAGAUAGAGGAGUUGGAGUAAUAAAACCCAAAUUUAAAUUUUUUUGUUUAUAUGUUACGCUUCACCCGGAAACUGCAUCAGCCCACAGUGGCUUUUGGGAAAGUUCUGGUCCUGAAGUCUACAGUGCCGUCGACUCGGACCCCUAAAGUGGUGAUGGCGAUUUAACCAAGCUAACUAAGUGGAGACGUGUUCGGGAGAAAGUUGUUGCAUUCCUCUGAAUUGGGUAUACACUACACCUCAAAGCAAUGUGGCAGAAAUAGUAUUGUGUGAAUAGAAUGAUUUUUUUUUGCAUUCUUUGCAUUCCUCAUGGUUCUUGCACUGCAGCAAUAACACAGAAGUGUUUAGUUCCCAUUCGGGAUCAUUUGGGAACGCUGCAGUUCCUACAUCUAACUGACUUGAGUCUACCUAAUAUUUUGCACGAAAUAUUGCUUAAAGAAAAAUAUAUUCCCAUAAAUACAUUAAAUGAAAUUAUAUUUAUAAAGCACAUAAAAAUAAAGUUGUGAUGUUUGUUUUGAUGAGAUUUGUGGAAUUAUUGACCUAGUUAUCUUAUUGGACUUAUUUAUUUA